AUGAGUGCAAGGAAGAUUAAAGUUAAAGUGUCAACGACAUUCAACAUAAAUGUCAAAUCCGGAGUCUACUGUGAGGUUGGAUGUAUACAUCAUACCAAAUUCCACAACUUUGUUUUCCAGGGUAUAGUUAGCGGAGAAGUUCUUUCAGUUGUUGAGAGAGAUGCAAACAACCAAAUCUACCCUAUAUCAUGGGUUUUGGUAUGUGUUGAGAAUAAAGAAACAUGGAAGUGGUUCAUAGAUUUGUUUAUGGAUGACAUUAAUGGUGGUCUUGGUGUAGGCAUUACCCUUCUUUCUGAUGGACACAAGGGGUCAUUACAAGCAGUUAAAGAAAGAUGUCCAGAAGCUGAACAUAGGCAAUAUGCCAAACACAUUGUGGCUAAUUUUAGUAAAAGGUUUACCAGUCAAGAAUACAUAAAGUUAUUUUGGAGGGCUGUAAGGGCUAGUACUGUAGAGAAGUUCAGAGGUGUAAUGGAGAAGAUAAAAUCUAUUGAUACUCAUGCUUAUGAUUACCUUAUAGACAUAGAUGCUACUACCUGGUCUAAGGAAUUCUUUCAAGAAGGAAGAGAUUGUGAUGCAGUGAAGAAUGGGGUCGGUGAGAGUUUCAAUUCUACUAUUAGGCAUGCUAGAAGGAGACCUAUAAUCACUAUGUUGGAUGAGAUUAGGAAGCAUAUAGAAGAGUUGAAGGUUAAACAGAGAUUGUGGGGAGUUACUCCUUAUGGUUAUCAAAAGUAUGAGGUUAGAUUCAUUGAUGUUGCAUAUGGAGUGGAUCUAAUUACAAAGAAGUGUACAUGUAGAAUAUGGCAACUUACAGGAAUGCCAUGCUUAAAUGGAGUGGCAGCAGUCUCUUACCUAAAUAAUGAUGCAGAGACAUAUGUGUCCCAAUCAUACACUAUUGAGGCUUACCUAAAAUUCUAUAAAUAUAGCAUUGAUCCUCUCAAUAGUAGUGAUAUGUGGCCAAAUGUUACAUACUACAAGCCUUUGCCUCCUAAAAGAAGAAGAUUACCUGGUAGGUCAUCAGUGAAAAGGAAGAGGGAUGCAAUUGAAAAAGAGUUGAGUGGACCAAGUAGACAAAUUUUCACAAGGAGGGGAAGCCUAAUAAGGUGUGGUAUUUGUAAGGAACCAGUACCAAGUUCAUCCAGGGGCAGUGGAGCAGACCCAAGUUUAUCCAGGGGCAAUGAAGGACCACCACCUACAGCCCAACCACAUACACCACCACCACCACCUCCAGCCCAAUAA